CCUUACUUUUUCAUAAUCCUGUUUCUGGUCAAGGAUAUUCUAAAUUUCUAAUGCUUCUAGAUAGAGUGAGAGAAAGAGAAAGAGAAAGAGAGACAAGUUUUCUUUUUCUUUUGUUUGUAUCAUCACAAAACCAAGAAGAUGCAUAUAAUUUUGCUGUGCUGAAGAAUCAAUCUUUUAUUAUUUGUAAGUCCUUCAACGGAUAUUAUUAUUAUUAUUAUUAUUAUUAAGGGAUCUUUAUUUAUGGCCUUCUUCUUCAAUAGGUUUCCUUAGAAUAUUAUUAAUUUGUAAAAGAAGGAUUUUUUAUGACUAAUGAUUGAUGGGUAAGAAGAAACCACAAAAGAUUAAGGAACUUUCAUCAAUAGAAAUAGCUGAAGCAGCAUCAUCAUCAAAAGAAGCAAUAAUAGAGCAACAAGAAGAACAACAAAAACAGGUACCAAGGAAAAGAGGAAGACCAAAGAAGAUUAUUGUGAAAAUGGAAGAGAAAAAAGCACAAGCAAGCAUGGAUAUUAUUAUUAGCUCAUCAUCAAUGGAACAAGAACAAGGCAAAGAGAACAAAGAAGAAGAAGCACAAGUUCCUAAAGGAGGGAUGGUGGUUGCUUCUAGAAGCAGAGUUAGGAGGAAAAGCAAACCAACAAAAAGCAUGAGAGAGAAUGAAAAUGACUCUCCAUACAAAAGUUAUGUAAGAGGAGUGGAGGUUGAUUUGAGCCAUAGUUCGAUCAUGAGAACACUCCAGAUAAGGCCAAGAUCCUUUCCCAAAGCUAGCUAUGAAGAAAGGACUAAUGGUGACCCAAGGUAUGAGGAUAUAGUGAGUGAUUUUUGUGUUUUGGGGAUGAAUUGGAUAAGAGAUUCACAUGGAGGUCCAAACCAACUGAGAAGGGGUGACUUCAUACCCGAAGCAAAAGGUUGUGUGGUAUUUUUCGAGAAGAUAUAAGUUUGAGAUGAAGAUCUCAAUCGGAAAAAACCAAAUCGAACGCUUUGGUGCACUUCUAAAAACUGGUACUAGAAUAGAGGAGUUGGUUUCGCUCACAGAUCAUUAGAAUCGAACCACCAUCGAUUUGUCAAAAAUCGACAAAACAAGUCUAUUGCAUAAUGAAGGGAGGAGAAGUCAAGGUUCCGGAGAUCAUUGCCAAUAGCAUUCAGAAAAUAGCAGUGGAGAAUAACUCUGGAACAUGGCUAAGCCAUCCAAGCACCAUCCUACACUAGUGUGAAAAGGUUGGGUAAUCUUUGAAGACGAAGACAAGGAUGGAAAAUGUCACAACUACUCAGAGACAAAGAAGGCCACAGAGAAGAAGGGAAGCAAGGCAAGAAACAGAGCAAGCACCCAACCCCUUUGGCUUGAGCCAAUUUUAAAGUGUCUUUGAAGGAAUUUCAAGGCAAUACAUUCAGGUUCAAGAGCAAUAAAAAGACUUUCAAUAACAAAUGAUGGAGCAACAGAGAGAACAAUAUGCACAACUUCAAGAAUCCAUCAACAACAUGGCUCAACAAGAUAAAAUCCUCAAUGAAAUCUACAUCGUCAAGGUGUGCAAGAUAGAGUCUUCCUAGAGCAUAGGGACAGGGUCGAAUAUGAUGUUAACACCCAAGCCAAGCUUGAUUUUUUAUGUGCUGGAUUUCCAACUCUAGUAGACGCAUCAAGCCCUUUAGAGAAGUUUUUGGUGAACUAGAAAAAUUUGAGAUGGGAAAGGUGAAGUACAAUGACGAGAAAUUGAGGAAAGCUAUGCAAGAAAGAGGAUUCUGAAAGCAAGAGCAGGAACCAAGGAGAAGCAAACCAAGUAGAGUCAAAGAAGAAAAAAAGAAAGCAAGGAGAGACCAGCAAGAUGAACAAAGAUUGAAAAGGUGGUGGAGUUCCUUUCUUAUAAGGAAAUGCAUGUAUGAAAUAGAACAUGCUUCCAAUUCUCUUUAUGUUCAUUCAUGUUAUUGUGUGCUGUUUUUAUUAUUGUCUUGUUUGCUAGCUUUGAUGAUGCGUCACCUUAUCUUACUUAAAUUGUGUGCUUGUAAUUUGAAUUCAAUAAAAGGGAUGUUAUUAAAGAAAAGAAAGUUAAGUCUAUCCUAUGAAAAA